UCCAUCACGUAAUCAACCCAAACUAUUCGCUCUAAAUACAUUCUUUUUAUUAAGAGAUAUUUUUAAGAAUCUUGUCAGGAAUUAAGAUUCCAAAAAGUUGGCCAAAAUGAAUGUCCAUUUUCUCAGUCUAUUUCUUACCAUCAUUUUAGUGAUUUUAUUCAACACUGAAGCACUUAGUCCUCACUACUACGACCAUUCAUGUCCACAAGCCGAUCAAAUAGUCACCAAUGCAGUCAAGAAAGCCAUGUCAACUGACAAAACUGUACCUGCCGCGCUUUUGAGGAUGCAUUUCCAUGAUUGCUUUGUUAGGGGAUGUGAUGCGUCAGUGCUGUUAGACUCAAAGGGAAAGAACAAAGCAGAGAAAGAUGGACCUCCUAACAUCUCACUCCAUGCGUUUUAUGUGAUUGACAAUGCAAAGAAGGCAUUAGAGGAGCAAUGUCCUGGUGUUGUAUCGUGUGCCGAUAUCGUUUCACUCGCUGCAAGAGACGCUGUCGCUCUCUCAGGAGGGCCUACAUGGGAAGUGCCGAAAGGGAGAAAAGAUGGAAGAGUAUCAAAGGCAAUAGAAACAAGACAAUUACCAGCUCCUACUUUCAACAUCUCUCAGCUGCAACAAAGCUUUGGCCAAAGAGGCCUUUCUAUGCACGAUCUUGUUGUUCUCUCUGGAGGACACACACUUGGGUUCGCCCACUGCUCAUCGUUCCAGAAUAGGAUAAACAACUUCAGCACACAGAAACAGGUUGACCCAACACUAAACCCUUCAUUUGCGGCCAGCUUGAAAGGAGUUUGCCCAGCCCAUACCAAGGCUAAAAACGCUGGAGCGACUAUGGACGCAAGCACAACAUCAUUCGACAAUAUCUAUUACAAGAUGCUUAUGCAAGGCAAAUCGCUAUUCUCAUCAGACCAAGCACUUCUUACAACACCUUCAACUAAAAAACUUGUGGCCAAGUACGCAAGUUCCAUGGAAGAGUACGAGAGGGCUUUUGUGAAAUCCAUGAUCAAGAUGAGUAGUAUCAGUGGGAAUGGUAACGAGGUCAGGCUUAAUUGCAGGAGGGUCCGUUAAGAGUCCAAGUCUCCGCAUUCAACACCAAGUUGAACAUCUUAUGUCUUUGUUUUUCUAUAUCUCAACAUUGGUUCCUUUGUAAUUAGGCCUCUUUAAUGAUUAAGGCCUCGAUCAUGUAUCAAAACUAUCAUUCUCUUAUGUGUGGGUUGUAAGACAGUUAUUUACAAGUAAUAUAUAUAUA